AUGGAAAAAUUCAAACGAUACACCGAUGAAGCCACAGGAGUUAAUCCAUUUGUUCCCUAUCGCAAGAAACUAUCGGAUUCAACUCCAGCUGUACAGAAAUUUCUUUUGAAUCCUCUCAGAGUGGUUUUUCUCUCUCCAAUUCUCUUUUUAUUUAAAUUCAUAUUAAUUCUAAUUUUUCUAUUGCCAUACAUUGCCGUUCAAUAUAUUUCAAUCAUCAUUCCUAUUUAUACCAUCAAGAGGCUAUUACAUCGAUACUCUAGUAUUUUGUGUUGUGGAGCUUCUUUAUUUACAUUAUUAGGAUUUAGUACCAUCAAAUCUAAACAUGUUGAUUUGGAAGGAAAAGAAAAGACGAAUCAUUCUACCACACUCAAUCAUGGAGAUUUAAUUAUUUGCAAUUAUGUUUCAUUCAUUGAAUUAUUCUAUUUGAAUUACAAAUACUCUCCCACAUUUGCAAUGAUUGUAAAGAGUAGUAUUGAGAAUGGAGAAAGUAAUUAUGGUGUUCGACCUUGUGGAUUCUUUUCUGCUUUAAGCUAUACCUUCUUUGGCCAAUUCAGUGAAACUCAAACCUAUUCUGAUUGUAAAUCAUUGCCUGAGAUUGUAAAACAAGCAAAAGAUUACAAACAAGGGCCUGUUGUUAUUUUUCCAGAAGCUGUAACAUCCAACGGAAGAUCUGUAUUGAAAUUCCAAAAUCAUGUAUUCCAAGAUAUGGAACAAGUAUUGAGAGAAAAUAAGAACUAUCAAGUACGAGUGAUUGGAUUUAAAUAUUCAUAUGAAGAAUACAGCCCUGCCUACCAUCUUGGAAAUUUUUGGUCACACCUCUAUAAGGUGUUAACUCAAUUUUACAACACUUUAAAUGUAGCUCACAUCUAUCUCAAUGCAGAUGACAUGAAAACUCUUGAACAAAAUUUUUCUGUCACUGCCAUUAAAAAGCUUGUACUGCCAAAAGUGUUGGGUAUUGUGUCAGUGAACUCAUCUCCUCGAGAAAGAGAAAAGUUCUUGAAAGAGUGGAACAAGAGCGAAAAACAUGAUUAA